AUGUCGGAGGGCUCCCUGUCCCCGCAGAGCUUCGAACCAGGGUCGUGGUCGACCCUAAAAAAACAUGUGGACACAACUUUGAAAUCCUGGGCAGACACACGGUGGGAGAGUCGAAUCAAUAGUGUUGAGGUUGUAAGAUUCCAGGCUGCAAAAGUGAGAGAUGCUCUUUUAGAGGUGAGAGCAAGCACUGCAGAACCAGCUAUUAAAAUCGAAGCACAAGCUUUAGCAGAAGAGGUGGGAUCAUACCAGUUCUCUAUUUGUACGGUGGUGUGGUAUGAUAUCCUUAGAAAAGUUCAAACUGUGAAUAAACUUCUGCAAUCACAAUGCAUGCAUCUGGAUGUAGAGCUGUUGACAUUCUCAAGAAGGCUAGAAACCUCCCUUGUUAGCUACAGAGACACUGGGUUUGCUGAUGCCCAGACAUCUGCCAAAGAGAUAUGUGAGGAGAUGAAUGUGGAAGCUGCUCUAAAGCAGAAAAGACUCAGAACUACUAAAAGGCAGUUUUCCUAUGAGGCCCCUGAUGAACCUAUUACCGAUGCCUUGAAAAAAAUGGAGUUUUCAUUUUUCAAUGGAAUCUCUGAGAGAGAGAACUGGAAUGAUGAUGAUGUUGCAAAGAAGUUCAGUGUUCUCAUAAACUUCUCUGACCUGACAUCUAGUGAGCUAGAAAAGCAGGAAAAAGAUUUGUGUAACACUCACAUCUGGGGGAUCAUUCUGAUUUAA